AUUUCGUACAGCUAUGCAAUCCAUGCUUCAGGGUUUUUUGUUGCUUUUUUUGUUUCCCUUGUAUUGACAUGUGCUGGUUUUUUCAUUGUUUACCGAACCCAAAUGUUAAGAUGGAGCUUCCAUAGUAAGAACCAGGAGAUACAGCGUAAGCCUAGUCAAAAUUACAAACUGGAGCAUUCUCAGUUUAAUUCGGGUGAUCUCUUCAGUGAAGAUAUAAUUAUGAAUGAUCAAAUCAUCGAUAUUCUGUCCUUUGAAGAAUCUGGGAACAUGCUUCAGGCUUUAGAAGACUUGGAGGUUGCCAGCCUGAUGCGGGCAGAUGCUGAUCUGGAGGCAUAUCGAAUGCAGAUAUGUAAAGAAGUGAUAGAUAUGAUGAUGAAGAACAUGGUCUUAAGUCACAGCCUCUUUCCUCAUGUGGAAAAGAGGAUGAGUUCAAUUUUCAAAAAGCAGUUUCUUGCAAUGGAGAAAGAGAUUCAAGAGGAGUAUGAAAGGAAGAUGGUAGCUUUAACAGCUGAAUGUAAUCUGGAAACUAGGAAGGAAAUGGAGGCUCAACACCAAAAAGCGAGAGCUGCAAAUGAAGAGGCUGAAGAAUUAAUGAAGAAAAUGAAUGACAAGCCUGCUGUGGAAUACAGAAGUCUUCUGGAUAGACUUCACAGGCUGCAGCAGGACCGCCUGAAGAGGUUCCUUCUGAUAAAGCAGGAGGAAUAUUUUGCAAAAGCUUAUAGACAGCUGGCUGUUACCCAGAGAAAGGAGCUCCAUAAUAUCUUUUUUACACAGAUAAGAAAUGCUGCUUUCAAGGGAGAACUGAAGUUGGAAGCAGCUAAAACAUUAGUGGAAGAUUACUCUAAAAUACAGGGAGACAUUGAAGAGCUAAUGGAUUUUUUGCAAGCUAGCAAGAAAUAUCAUCUGAAUAGAAUAUUUGCUUACAGAAAGUGUCUUAUAAGUAAGAUACAGCUAAGGGAUUCUCAAGCUUCUGCUCUUAUAGAUGUGGCAGCCAUCCAGAUAUCAAGUCUUAUUAAUAAGAUGGAAAGAGCAGGUUAUCUAUCUGAAAGUCAUUUGGGAUUGCUGCUGGACCGAGCUGAGGCUGAAAUUAAUUCUGUUAAACAGAAACUCGAUCAUGAUUUAAAACAAGAAAAACAAAAGCUUCGCCAGAAACUCAUUACGAAACGAAGACGGGACAUGCUACAAAAGAAAGAGCAUCGGAAGGAGCAGCUGUCACCUGGAGAAGCCUUCAGAACUACUAAGGAGAUCACUCAUUACCUGAGCCACUGGAAAAAUAUUCUGAGUGAUCACACCACUGAAUUUGAAGAACUUACUGAAAAGCUUGACAGUGAGGCCAGUGAAGAGCUGAAAGAGCUUAUAUUUAGUCUAACGCAGAAAGCCAGUGAAGAGCUUAAACGUGUUCAGUAUGGAGUGUUUGUGCAAGAACUGGUCAAGCUCAACGUGCCAAAGAUGUUUCUGCUGGAAGCUGUGGAAGAGCAUAAAAAAGAGAUGGUUGUUAAACAUGAACAGCUUGAAAGGGAAGAGUGUGACAAGAGCAUGGCAGCUGAAGAGCUGCUUCAGCUCACCAGGCAGAAGCUGAGCCAAGAACUGGAAACGAGUCUUUUGGAACAAAAAAAAUUAAGGAGCUGGGAACAAUCAGUAUUCAUGCAGAUUCUAAGUUCACCCCUCUCACUAUCAGAAGAGGAAUUGCUUAGAAUAAGGCAAGAGCUGCAUUGCUGCUUCUCCCAGGUGGACAGCAGCUUGGCUUGGCCCAAGAUAAGAGCAAGAACCUUGCUUCAGGCUUUUGAGGUGGAACAGAGAGACAUGGAACUGCUGAAAAUCAAUCAGAAUUUAGCAAUGACCAAUAAACAGCAGCAUUCUAAAAUGAAAAAAACAGGAUCCAGGAAUAGAAAUAAGAUAGAUAUUCUGAACAAAUCUUUGCAGGACAAAAUUUUCAUUUAUGAAGACUUGGUGAAAGAUGAAAACUUGAAUAAG